ACUUUACGUGUUAAAGUAGAAAAGAACUAUAUCCUCAAACAAAAAAAAAAGCAUAAUGGGCAACUGCUAAUAUAGUAAAAAGGUUUGUCCAAAAAGCUCUCUAUAAAUAAUGAACACAAAAUGAGUUAAUGUUCCAACAAAAAUAAAACUUCUAACAUUGAGUUGUCUUUGCUUCAGACAUCCUCUCAAUGGCUGCUAUUGGUGGAAUUUCAGUUUUUGUGAUCAAUGUAUGUGUAGUUGUUGUACUCAAUAUGUUGUAUACUGCAGCUGGUGAUAGUGUGGGAGCCAAAUUUGGUUACACAGGCCCAGUAGGCCCAAAUAGUUGGGGAAAUUUGAGCCCAACAUAUUCAACUUGCUCAAAUGGAAAAUCACAAUCUCCAAUUAACAUCAUUAGUGAUAAUUGUGUUAUUAACAAAAAUUUGAAGCCCUUAAUUAUGCAAUACAAUCAUUCUGAAGUUGCUACUUUGGUUGAUAAUGGCUUUAAUGUUGGGAUAAAAUAUGGUGAUAAUGCAGGAAGAUUAAUUGUGGGUGGUAAAACUUACAACUUCAAGCAAAUGCAUUGGCAUUCACCUUCUGAACACACCAUUGAUGGAACUAGAUAUGCUGCAGAGCUUCAUCUAGUUCAUUUCUCUGAAGACAAUAAAAUAGCAGUUUUGGCAAUUCUUUUCCAUUUAGGCCAUCCUGAUCCUCUUAUGACCAAGCUUCAUAACAAAAUGAAUGAGCUAGCAAGGGAUGUAGCAACACAAAAAGAGAGACAAGUUCAACUUUCAAUUGAUACACAUGAAAUAAGGAAACAUUCUCACAAAUAUUACACAUAUACUGGUUCUUUAACUACUCCACCUUGUUCUGAAAUUGUCACUUGGUACAUCCUUGGCAAGGUGAGAUCAAUAUCAAAAGAGCAAGUAGAAGCUUUGAAAGUACUAUUGGAUCCAACAUGCAAGAGCAAUGCAAGACCAACACAACCCAUAAAUGGAAGACAAAUUCAAAUCUAUGAAGCCCAACCCAACUUCCAAUAAAUAUUGUUACUAUAUGUUAUACAUGAAUUCCCCUCAUAAAAUACUCCUUAAUUUGGUUAAACCUAAAUUCUAAUUACAUAAACACAAUAGGAGUAUAUAAGAGGAACUUUUUUUUUUACAUCUUCUUAGAAGUUUUAAUGUUGUUGCUCAUAACCUGGCUAAGGUACUAGCUAGUUUGGAUAGUAGAUAAUGUUGUACGCUCUUUUGGGCAUAUCAUGUCCCUCGAUGAAUUAAUAAAUAAAAGUUUUUGUUGAAAAAAAUCAAAA